UUGCAAAAAAAAACGAAGCUGAUAAUACGAAAACGAUCCCAGAGAAAACUAGAAAUCCUCUCGCUUUCGCUGUGCUCCCAUAAAAAAGCUUUUUGGAUUUCUGGCUGAUCAAAGGCGGCGGGCGUAUUUCAGACUCAAUCGUUCUCGCGCGCUGAAACCGUUAAGACUUAUUAACAAAAUAGUGUUGUUGCAACUAACUUUUAACACAAGUGACGUGAAGUGAAAAAAAGAAAAACAACCGCAAUCCGUUCAAGUGCCUUUACGCCUCGUGCCAUUAUUCCCCCAUAUUUCUGGUGUCUGUCGUAUGUGUAUUUGUUUACUGUGUCUGCCCCAUAAAGAGCGCAAGACGACGAUGUCCAACAACCUGCAAAAGGCCACCCUUGAGGAAAUUCGUUACGCGGCGGCACGCAUAUGCCGGGACCAUCUAAAUGGACGCUGGAAGACGGUGGCUCCUGAGGAUUUGAUUGUGAAACGGAUCAGUGGGGGAUUGUCAAACUUUUUAUAUUACAUAAGUUUGCCGGAAUUCAAUGAAUAUGAAGAGGAGGAGGAGGAGGAGCAGCAGCUACAGAAGCGCCAACAAAUCGAGGAAAAUGUCAACGGCAAAGACGUCACAGCUACUGGGACAAAGAACAGCCCAGUUUAUGCACGCGAUGAUGUGGUCGAGACCAAGUCCGUGGGCGUGAUGGCUGGCGCCACCAAACUGGUGACUCUCGCCGACGAUGAUGACGACACAGCAGUGAGCGAGAAACAGGCCCCAAAACGUCAGAGAUUCGAUAGCGAUAGCGUCGCCUCGACCUAUUUGAAACGAAUGCAACCCCCCAAACAGGAACCCCGUGAGGUCCUGUUGCGCAUCUAUGGACAGACCCAUGGGGAUAAUGGUAUGGAGAACAUGAUCACCGAGUCGGUGGUGUUUGCUCUGCUUAGUGAGCGCAACUUUGGUCCCAAGUUGUACGGAAUCUUUCCGGGUGGACGCAUUGAACAGUUUCUUCCGGCACGUUCCUUGGCUACCGCAGAACUGGGUGAGCAACGGAUUUCGAUGAAGAUUGCCGAGAAACUGGGUGAUAUCCACAGCUUGACUAUACCCAUGUCAAAGGAGCCUGAUUGGAUUUGGGCCUGUAUGCACCGCUGGGUCUCCAGCUUCGAUGGCAUUAUGAAGGGCAAGUGCCUGUCGAAGUCGAAGAGCUCUCCAGUGUUGAAGAAACAAAUGGAAUUGCUGCGCACCAUUGACUAUGUAGAGGAGAUCGCCUGGUUGAAGUCGGUCAUUGAAUCAGGGGAUUAUCCUGUGGUCUUCUGCCACAAUGACUUGCAGGAGGGAAACAUAUUGAUGCGUCAGACUCAGCAAGAGCGCACUCCAAGAGUGUCGAUCAGUAGCUUGAGAUCCACCUUCGAUGAGACCCUGGGCGAUAGCCUGGACGGAAAUAGCAACAGCAACAUCUCCGAACCGGAGCCAAACAAAGUGCACAGCGUUUCGCCGCCACCCUGCCCGGAGCUGGACACCACAGACGAUUCGGCACUGGACUCUAGCUUCACCAUCGAUACUGAGCCGGAUCUCAUUAUCAUUGACUUUGAGUACUGUGCCUACAACUAUCGUGGCUACGAUCUGGCGAAUCACUUUAUCGAGUGGACCUUCGACUACACCAAUCCCCAGUACCCGUACUUCCAUCACAACAAGAGCAACUAUGCGACUGUCCAGCAGCGUCGGGACUUUAUAGUCCAGUAUCUGAAGUCGUACCACGACGACGAGAACUACAGUCCCAAGGUCCAGGAGUUGGAGAAGGUGGAUGAGGAGAUCCGAUUCUUCACCAUGCUGUCGCAUCUUUUCUGGAGCCUCUGGUCGAUCAUUAACUUGACUUCGGCAAUUGAGUUUGGUUACUGGGAAUAUGGCAUCGCUCGGAUUGUGGAAUAUAAAAAGCUCAAGUCCGACUAUCUAUCCAAAUGAAAUUAAGAAAAUGGGCGAACAUGAAUCGAGGAUCAAACACCAUCAGUCAUCACUUAAAUCGAAUCAUAAACGUACUUAAGUGGCCUUAAACAUUAAAGUCCUUGUGCUCCCCGCCCAUCAUUGUCCUCGUCUUGGAGUUAGAGUCCGUACUGUACUGUAGGUAUUUUCUUGUUGGUUAACAACGACAGGGUAAUCACACUACUUCAAUAUGCCACGCGGGAAAUGGGAAGAGAUCAGAACCAUUCAGAAAGACUAACUUAUUUUUGUAUAGAACAAUUAGUGCAUAGAAUUGAAAAAAUGCUGAAAUGAAAAGUGAGGAAACUGACUUUAGCUGUGAUUAUUGACAGAUGACAGAUAAAGAGUGGCUCCUGUUGUGGACCCAACGUCUAUGAUCGAAAGUAUUAUACAGGCAGCAUCCUAAGCACCAGCACCCCCAAAUUAUUAUAAUCUGCGCAGGCUGAUCCUAAAAACUAAAUCUAUUUUACUAUUCUCUAUAUCCAUUUCGAAUUUAUUGAAUAUUCGAAUUUGUUUAGUUUUCCAAUUCUAAAAAUUACUUUCGCAUCUAAGUAUUAUUUUGCAUUCUACUCACAGGUCUAGGCAAUUCGUUAAACUCCUUCUAUACGCAAAAA